AUGGGGAACUUCAACCACCCCAAUAUCUGCUGGAGGGACAACACAGCAGGACGUAAGCAAGCCAGGAGGUUCCUGGAGUGCAUGGAUGACAACUUCAUCACCCGAGUGAUAGAGGAUCUGACAAAUCCUAUGGCCUCUCAAUCCCAGCACUCAGAAGAAGCCUCCAUGAAGGAAUGGAAGCUACCUCUGGGCCUGGGGCAGGUCAGGGCCAUCAUAAAAGCCAGCCCAACUCCUCACUGCCUCAUUCACUUCUCUCACCUCCUCCUUGGGAACCAGCAGGUGCACCUCCAGCCUCAAGACAUGUCCUGCUACGACCAGUGCCUGCCAUGCCGGCCCUGUGGCCCGACCCCACUGGCCAACAGCUGCAAUGAGCCCUGUGUCAGGCAGUGCCAGAACUCCACUGUCGUCAUUGAACCCCCUCCCGUGGUGGUGGCCCUGCCUGGCCCCAUCCUCAGCUCCUUUCCACAGAACACCAUUGUAGGAUCCUCCACCUCCGCUGCUGUUGGCAGCAUCCUCAGCUGUGACGGAGUGCCCAUCACCUCUGGCUGCUGUGACCUCUCUGGCAUUUCCAGCCGCUACUGUGGCAGAAGGUGUCCCCCCUGCUAA